ACUUCUUCCACCAUCACCAUCACCAUGUUGUUAUUGUUGGCUUCAGUGGCAGUGAUCGGCGGAGCAUGGUGGUUGUGGACGGUGGUCCAGUGGGUCUGGCUGAGACCCAAAGCCAUCGAAAAAUGUUUGAGGAAACAAGGUCUCAAUGGCCCAGCUUACAGAUUGUUGCAUGGAGACAUGAACCAGAUGGCCACCAUGGCUCGACACGCCGCCAUGAAUUCCAAACCCAUAAGCUUUUCCGACGACUUCCUCCCCAUCAUUCUGCCGUUCCACCACCACAUCAUCGAAACCUACGGUAAAAAUUCAUUUGCAUGGAUGGGACCAACCGCUAGGAUCAACAUCAUGGAUCCUGACCUAAUCAAAGAGGUUUUAGUGAACAAUAAGGUUUACAAGAAACCAACUCCAAACCCAUUGGUAAGGUUCCUUGUUUCAGGAAUUACGAGUUAUGAGGACCAAAAAUGGGACAAACAUCGCAAGAUUCUAGCACCAGCUCUUACACAAGACAAGUUGAAGCAUAUGUCAUCAGCCAUGUACACGAGUUGUUUCGACAUACUGGUGACCGAAUGGUCAAAGUUGGUUUCUGAGAAGGGUUCAUGUGAAUUAGAUGUACAACCUUACAUCGAUGAUUUUGCAAGUGAUGUCAUCUCCCGAAACGCAUUUGGAAGUAGCUAUGAACAAGGUAGAAGGAUAUAUCGUCUCCAAAAAGAACAAGCCGUGCUCACACGUGAAGUUCUACAGUCAAUAUACCUCCCGGGACGAAGGUUUUUACCAACCAAAACGAACAAGCGAAUGAAGGAAAUCGACAAUGAGUUGCGGUCGAUACUGAGCAAGGUCAUGGAGCAAAAGGAGCUUGCGAUGGUAUCGGGGAAAAGUGAUGAUGAUCAUGAAGAUUUGUUAUCGUUAUUGUUGAAAUCAACUACAAGGGCAAACGGGGAUAUGGGGAUGAGUGUUGAUGAGGCGAUUGAAGAGUGCAAAUCGUUUUAUUUUGCAGGGCAAGAAAGCUCAUCGAAUCUCUUGGUUUGGACCAUGAUUUUGUUGAGCCAACACCCGACAUGGCAAAUAAGAGCACGAGAGGACGUUCACAAAGUUUUUGGACAAAAUAAACCAAAUUACGAAGGGUUGAGUCGCCUCAAAGUCGUAACCAUGAUUCUAUAUGAGGUUCUUAGGCUAUACUCACCCGCAACCAUAUUCACACGGAUCACAUAUGAAGAGGCCAAACUAGGAGACCUAACUGUACCAGCUGGAGUGCAGUUCUUGUUGCCAGUUAUAUUUGUACACCAUGAUCGUGAAAUUUGGGGAGAAGACGCCAAGGAGUUCAAUCCCGAGAGAUUUUCAGAGGGAAUUGCAAAGGCGACAAAGAACAAGCUUGCUUUCUUCCCGUUUAGUUGGGGUCCUCGGAUUUGCAUUGGGAAUAACUUUGCUUUAAUGGAAGCUAAGUUGGCUAUAUCAACAAUUCUACAACAUUUCUCGUUUGAUCUGUCGCCUUCUUACACUCACUCACCAUCUUAUGUUGUUACGCUUCAACCCCGACAUGGUGCUCACUUGAUUCUCCAUAAGAUUUAGCAUCUCCCUUGACUAAUUGUGCUAUAGCUAUAACUGUUGACGCCUUAAUUUCAGAAUAAUUGUGUAGUUUCUCAUGGAUAUGGUUUGUGAUUUGGUCAUGGUUCAUGUAAUUGUUGCCGAUUUCAUGUAAAUACCUAAUAUGCGAAGUUUCUUGAUUAUGCAAAGCCUCUAUUUUAUCCAAAUUCCAAACCAAUAUACCGAAAGUUCACAAACUUCCACAUCAGAAAAUCAAUCGAAAUUGAUGACAAUCCGUUCAUAUGCGCCUCACCGAUUUCAAGAGCACAAACAGUGUAGUAACAAAACUAAAACUAGCAGAAUGAAUCACAACUCACACUAGUGCCGAGAGGAUUAACAAAACUGCGCGAACUUGAACGAUCAGGAAUACGGACAUCAUGUCGUACUUCAAGUCAAGAACACCACCACCGAACCCUGGCAAAAGUACAGCUCUACAAGUCGUGACAAUAUACUAAUACUAAAGCCUAACUUUUUGAAGAAUAACGCAAGCCUUCAAUGAAAUCAGUUAUUGUUGAAAUUUAAAGCUCGUUAAUUGCAAUAACGAUUUGAUCAUGAAAAUUUUCCAGUGAUUGAUCGGGAAUUUGGAAGUUUACCGAACAAAUCAACGUAGAAGGAAGUUUAGUAUGUGAGAGUGGAGGAGAGAGGUGUUGGGUCAUGGUGGACGUGUCUCCGUCGAGCUCGAGUUCAAUUCGACGAUCCGAAGCUUGAUAAAUGAACUCGAGUUAUAUUGGAGCUUAAUCGAGGGUGUCGGCCGCCAGGAGAUCUAUUUCCAAAUUUCUUCUUCC